GAGGAAGCAGACCGAGGGGAGGAGGAGAGGAGGAGAGGCGGCGGGUGCUGUGCCGAGGUGGACGUGGCGGGUCCGGUGGAGCGAGCUACAAGUGACGGGCAGCGGAUCCGAACCGAACCGGACAGCCAGCCCUCCCCUCCCCCAGCCGGCCAUGAACCGGACAGUCCGCAGGCUGGUCCUGGUCCGGUUUCGCUGCUGACGUUUUCUGAUUGUUGUUGGAUUCUUCUCAGGGAGUCUCUGCCCCCACAGCCCCCCGGGGGGAGUGGAGGAGGCUGUUCAGGUUCUGAACCCUACCUUGGUGAGGAGGAAUAGCCCCGCCCCCUCACCAUGACAGACUUGGAGGCUGAGUGUUUGAGUCUCGGCCUGCCGCCGGAGUGCGGCUCCCCUUCCCCGCCUCUGGACCCGUCCCUGGACUGCGGCCCGGGGCCCGCCGGCUCGGCCCCGACGCCCACCCUGGCCCUCCUCACCUCAGACUGCCCCACGCCCACGCUCAGCUCGCUGGCGGCUGAGAUCGCAGAGCCCCUGGUGAUGCUGCCGUGUGUGAAGAGCGAGCCGGAGGACGAGGACCUGGAGCCCAUCAGGACCGUGGACCUGUCAGAGAUCCAGCCUCUGUCCACCGCUGAGCUGUGCCACGACCAGAUCAAGAUGGAGAUCAGCGGCCUGGACUACAUCAAGUCCGAGCACCACGGCAGCCUGUACCUGGGCCCGUUUCAUCACAGUGACGUGUCGGAGCUGGACUACAAGACCCACUACGAGCCCAUCUCUGUGUUCGACUACAUUUCCCAGGUCACAGACACCCUGGACUAUAUCAAGUCAGACCACCAUGUGGACCUGCAGUGUUACUACGCCACCGAGCUGAGCUCCCUGAAGUCCGAGUACCCCGAGUCCAACGCCAUGUCGGCCCACCUGCAGCACAACGGCCUGGAGUCUAUCCACAUGGCCGAGCUCCGGACCGAGCUCAACAAGCUGCGGCCCGAGGCCCUGAUCCUGGACGGCAUGGGCAAACUGGACUCUGAGUUCGGAGGAGGGACGCUGUACGAGCUGCAGCCCGUCCAGGACGAGAAGGGCUCCGGGGAGGGGACGGCGGGCAGGGCCGGGGGGCGGGUCAUCACGACCAAAACCCAGAGCCCAACGGUGAGAAAACCCCGCAACAUGCAGGGUGAGAAACCGUUCUCCUGCACGCAGUGCGGGAAGAACUUCAGCACGCUGGGGAACCUGAAAACCCACCACCGGAUCCACACCGGCGAGCGGCCCUACACCUGCUCGCAGUGCGGCAAGAGCUUCGGCCAGGCGGGAAACCUGAAACGCCACCAGCUGAUCCACACGGGCCAGAAGCCCUACGUGUGCGCUCACUGCCCCAAAGGCUUCACCAAGGCCGACGACCUGCGCUCGCACCAGCGGCUGCACACGGGCGAGCGGCCCUUCAUCUGCAGCGCCUGCAGCAAGAGCUUCAGCCAGUCCAAGGAGCUGAAGGCGCACCAGCUGAGCCACACGGGCGAGCGGCCGUUCUGCUGCCAGCACUGCGGCAAGAGCUUUACCAAGGAGACCAGCUACCGGAACCACAUCCAGAUCCACACCGGAGAGAAGCCCUUCACCUGCUCGCAGUGCGGGAAGACUUUCAGCAACUCGGGCGUCCUGAAGACCCACGAGAAGAUCCACACGGGCGAGCGGCCGUUCGGCUGCACGCAGUGCGGCAAGAGCUUCGGCCGCCUCGGCCACCUGAAGGCGCACCAGCAGAUCCACACGGGCGAGCGGCCGUACGCCUGCCCAUGCUGCGCCAAGACUUUCAGCCAGUCGGGCCACCUCAAAGCACACGAGCAGAUCCACAAACGAGAGCGGGCCGACACGGCCAGCACCAGCAGCGACGGCGGCAGCAGCUCCGUGAGCAGCGACAGCAGCUAAGACUCACUGCCGACCCUUUAACCUCCCGGAGAAACAAAGUAUUAUUCCUCUUUUUUAUAAAUACUAUAUAUGAAAUUAUCUGUUUUCUUACAUUUUCAUACUUUUUGUGCUCUUUUACAUUUUAUUUGUGGGCAGAAUGGACGGACUGAUGUGUGCGUGAACACCUUAUAUACUGUGUGUCUGUGGGGGGCGCUGUAGAUAAUCCUCCAGCUGGACUCUACAAGACCAGGACUUAUUUUUUACAGUACUUAUGAUACAUGAGCACAAAGGUUUCAGUGACCAAAUAUAGGAAUUUUUGUUUUUGUAUUUCCUGUUUUUUACUGAAUCAGACCAGCAGCUCCGGUCGGUCCGGGACCCCGUUACCGGCUGGGUUUUUAUCGACCAGAAUCGAGCGCACACGCUCACUGUUACCAUGUCAGCUCUGUUUACAGGAUCUACAGUCACAGUCAGAGGGCUCAUCUCUGUAAACAUGAAUGUCAGACUCAUUUGUUGUAGAUUUCCUCUCAUUCUCACAGGAAGCAGCAGAAUUUGGUGAAGUUGGUUCAGAUUUAAAGUGUCCGUUUCCUGUUUUCAGACCCGACUUUAAAGACUUAUGCUGCGUUCACACCAAACACGAUUUCAGCUUCAAAAUCRCAGCCAACGCUGAAGUUUGAA